AUGGCCGCCACAAAACUAAACUCCUCAGACUCCAAUCAAGAAGCUUCCAUUAAAACUGUGCCGGUCGAUGGGAAUGAUAACUAUUGUGCAAUGUGUGACAGUGUUGAUGAAAAUAUGAACAAAAACUCUGAAAAUGUAUCGGAAAUAUGUAAAUUUUACGAUGGAAAGAAUAUUUUGAUAACUGGAGCUACAGGUUUCCUCGGUAAAAUCUUGGUGGAGAAACUGCUGAGAUGUUGCCCAGGCGUAGAGAACUUGUACCUUCUGGUACGGCAGAAGAAGGGGAAGGACAUAUACACAAGAAUGGAAGAGAUCUUCGAAGACCCUGUGUUCAGCCGGUUAAAAGAAGAAGUGCCAAAGUUCCGUCACAAGGUGGUCGUAGUGCCUGCAGACUGCGAAGCAGCGGGACUUGGACUCACUCUCAUAGACAGACAGAUGUUGACCGAAAAGGUGAACAUAAUCUUCCAUUCAGCUGCAACAGUGAAGUUCGAUGAACAUCUCCGAGCAGCCUUAGUUACUAACGUGAGAGCGCCACUACAUCUCCUCAGGUUAGCCAGGGAUAUGAAGAAACUAGAUGUACUAAUGCACAUAUCAACAGCAUACUCCAACUCACAUCUACCACAAAUUGAAGAGCGAUUCUACCCCUGCGAUGCUGACUGCGAACAGCUCCAUCAGAUGAUUGACAAGCUAUCAGACAGCGAGAUUAAUGAUAUAUUACCUACGGUAUUAGGACCUUGGCCAAACACAUACACAUUCACAAAAGCGUUGGCAGAGAAGGAACUGCGAAUAAACGCUGGUGGGAUGCCUAUUGGUAUAUUUAGGCCGGCCAUAGUUAUAUCAACGGACAAGGAACCAUUAAAAGGCUGGCUGGAUAAUAUGUACGGGCCCACGGGUGUCGUAGUUGGCAGUGCCACAGGUAUGCUCAGAACGGUUCAAUGUGAUGAGCAGGUUUCAGCAGACAUCGUUCCAGUUGACUCGGUGGUGAACUGUCUCAUGGUAGCAGCUUGCAGUGUGCAUAACGCUUACAAAGAAAGUUCACCACCUUUGGAGCCACCCAUCUUUAACUACGUCAGUUCCGUGGAGAACAGGAUUACGUGGGGAGACUUCGUGUUACACAACAUGUCCAGACUUCAUCACACCCCGUUCUCUGACGCUAUCUGGUUCAUUUCACUUUGGCUGACGAAGUCUGCGUUGAUGAACAAGAUCAACAUAUUCUUUCUACAUCUUAUACCAGCCGUGUUAGUCGAUGGAUUAGCAUUAUGUUUAGGACGAAAGCCAAAGAUGUUAAAAGUAUACAAAAAAAUUCACAAGUUCUCUUCAGUAUUAUCUUACUUCUGUACGAGGGAGAUCAUAUUCCGGAACGAGAAGACACAGGAGCUUUGGGAGAAGACUUCUGAAGUUGACAAGAAGCUCUACCCAUUCAGUAUGGCGGAGAUAAACUGGGAUGAGUACUUCGACGAAUACCUGGCCGGCAUCAGGCGAUACCUGUUCAAAGAGAGCGAUGACACGCUUCCGCAGGCCAGAAUUAAAUGGAAAAGAUUAUACUAUCUACACCAGAUAGCACGAUUUAUUUUCCUUGGCAUGGCGAUCUACGUGUUAUGGUCGACAUUAUCAUUAGUUUGGUGA